UUUUUUAAUCUAUACACAACCCUUCAUUCGUAACAACAACUCAAUGAACCUAUCGUACACCGACAGUGCGUCUCGGACCAGUGAGUUUCCCCAUCCCAAGAUGUCAGCUGACUCCAUGGAGAUUGAUGACUCCCUGUACAGUCGUCAGAGGUAUGUCCUGGGGGACAGUGCUAUGCAGCAGAUGGCUCAGUCUUCUGUCUUCCUCAGUGGAAUGGGAGGACUGGGAGUGGAGAUCGCAAAGAACAUCGUGUUAGCAGGUGUGAAGGUGUUGACGCUGCAUGACACUAAGCAGUGUGAGACCUGGGACCUGGGCUCCAACUUCUUCCUCAGACAGGACGAUGUGCUGACUCAGAGGAACAGGGCUUUGGCGGUCCAUCCCAGGGUAGCAGAGUUGAACCCUUACGUCCAUGUGGACACAUCCUCCUCCUCUCUCGACCUGUCCACUGACCUCAGCUUCCUCAAGAGAUACCAGUGUGUGAUCCUAACUGAGGCCAGGCUGAGUCUCCAGAAGAAAAUCAAUGACUUCUGCCACUUCCAUCAGCCUCCUAUCAGGUUCAUUGGAUGUGACGCGUACGGGAUCUGUGUGAGAGUGUUCUGUGACUUCGGGGACCAGUUUGAGGUGUCGGACCCCACGGGAGAGGAAGCCAAGGAGAUGUUUAUCCAGAACAUAACACAGGGUAACCCAGGGGUGGUAACCUGUAUGGACAGCAGGACCCACGGCCUCCAGACUGGACAGAGUGUUCUCUUCAGAGAGGUCAACGGCAUGGACACACUCAACGGCACCGCGCGACAGGUCACAGUCCUCUCUCCCUACAGUUUCACCGUAGGGGACACAUCGUGUCUGCAGCCCUAUGCACACGGGGGCUUCUUCCUGCUGGUCAAAACCCCCAGAACAUACAGCUUCGAGACGAUGGAGCAGCAGCUGUCUCAGCCUCAGGUCCUGACUCCCGACUUCAGCAAACCAGAGGCCCCGCUGCAGAUCCACGCCGCCAUGCUGGCUCUCGAUGCCUUCCAGGAGCAACACAACAGACUGCCCAAUAUUGGGUGCUGUCAGGAUGCGGAGGUUCUGGUCAAACUAACAGAGGAAGUCAACCACACCUUGACAACCAGAGCUCCAGUGAAUAGUGAGUUGGUGCGUUGUCUGUCCAGAACGGCUCAGGGUUUUCUCCCUCCGUUGUCCGCGGCGGUGGGGGGCAUUGCCAGUCAGGAGGUCCUCAAGGCCCUCACGGGGAAGUUUGCCCCGCUACAGCAAUGGUUCUAUCUAGAUGCCAUAGAGGUAGUGAAACCACUACAGUCUCUAUCUGCAGAGGAGUUUAGCCCCAGGGGUGAUCGGUACGACGGGCUGAGGGUCUGCAUCGGGGAGACCAUGUGUCUGGAACUCCACAAGCUGAGAGUCUUUAUGGUGGGCUGUGGAGCCAUUGGCUGUGAGAUGCUCAAGAACUUUGCCCUGCUGGGAGUGGGAUUGGCCAAGAGCUCAGGAGAGGUGUGUGUGACGGACCCCGACCUGAUAGAGAAGUCCAACCUCAACAGACAGUUCCUCUUCAGAUCUCAGCACAUACAGAAACCUAAGAGCACCACAGCAGCAGUAGCGACCUUGGAGAUCAACCCAGAGAUGCAGGUAGACGCUCACCUCAACAAGGUGUGUCCUGCCACCGAGGGGGUCUACAACGACCUGUUCUACUCCCGCCUACACCUGGUUGUCACGGCGCUGGACAAUGUAGAGGCUCGCAGAUACGUCGACAGCCGCAGUGUAUCCAAUCAGAAGGCUCUUCUGGAUUCCGGUACCAUGGGAACCAAAGGACACACGGAGAUCAUCGUGCCCAACCUGACCGAGUCUUACAACAGCCAUAGGGACCCACCAGAAGAGGAGAUUCCGUUCUGCACCCUCAAGUCUUUCCCUGCUGUCAUAGAACACACCAUCCAAUGGGCAAGGGACAAGUUUGAGAGUGCGUUUGCCCACAAGCCCACCAUCUAUAAUAUGUUCUGGCAGACCCACUCCUCAGCAGAAGCCGUGCUACAGAGGAUGCAGCAGAGGGAGACUCUGGAGGGGGCGUUCCAGGUAGUCAAGCUGCUGAGUCGACGGCCCAGCCAAUGGGAUCACUGUAUCAUUCUGGCACGCCUGAAAUUCGACAAGUACUUCAAGAGGAAGGCUCUACAGCUGCUGCACUCCUUCCCCCUGGACACUCGGUUAAAGGACGGCAGUUUAUUCUGGCAGUCACCUAAACGACCCCCGUCUCCCAUAGAGUUUGACCUGAAGGACUCACUGCACUUCAGUUUUGUGGUGAGCGCAGCUCGGCUUUAUGCUGAAAUCUACAACAUCCCCUACUCAGAGAAGGAUCUGUCACAGGAAGCCGUGUCCAGGAUGUUGUCAGAGAUUACCGUCCCAGAGUACAGGCCAGCCGAGAAGCGUAUUGAGACGGAUGAGAAUGUGAAGAAGCCUGAUCAGAUGAAGCUGUCUGUGAGCAGCGAGGAGGAGAGAGAGGCCAUCGCCCAGUUAGAGGAGGCUAUCAGUGCAGACCACGUUACACCAGAGAGGUUACGGAUGUCUCCCCGGAUGUUUGAGAAGGACGACGACCUCAACGGUCACAUGGACUUCGUGGCGGCGGCCUCCUCCCUCAGGGCCAGGAUGUACUCCAUCGAGGUGGCCGACCGCCUCAAGACCAAACGCAUCGCUGGGAAGAUCAUCCCCGCCAUCGCCACGGCUACCGCCGCCGUUGCCGGGCUGGUGUCGUUGGAGCUGGUGAAGGUGGUGGGAGGAUACGGGUUUGAGUCGUUCAACAACUGUUUCUUCAACCUGGCCAUUCCUGUCAUGGUCCUCACCGAGGCUGCACCUGUCAAGAGAACACAGAUCAGGGAAGACAUAUCUUUCUCUAUCUGGGAUCGCUGGACUGUGUGGGGUCACCAACACUUCUCCCUCUCUGACUUCAUCAACGCAGUGCUGGUGCAUUAUGGGAUAGAGCCUACCAUGGUGGUCCAUGGUGUGAAGAUGCUCUAUGUUCCUGUGAUGCCAGGACACAACAAGAGACUGAAACUAACGAUGCAGAAGUUGAUCAAGCCGUCUGUAGACCGUCGCUAUGUUGACCUGACCGUGUCCUUCGCUCCAGAGUCAGAUGGUGAUGAAGACCUACCUGGACCCCCCGUUAGGUACUACUUCAGCCCCGACGGAGACGCUCACACCGCCUGACACGCCCGGACCAUAACAUCCCUGACACCCCUCAAACUAACCAAAUAUAACCACCCCUCAGUCCCCUCAAACUAACCCCCUGUACCUGCAAAACCCCAGUUGACAACAGUGGUGCUUCUUGAACAGGGGUGGAUUCUAGAACAGGGGUGGAUUCUAGAACAGGGGUGGAUUCUAGAAUAUAUGUUGAUUCUAGAAUAUAUGUUGAUUCUAGAACAGAUGUUGAUUCUAGAACAGAUGGUGAUUCUAGAACAGAUGGUGAUUCUAGAAUGGGGGGAUUCUAGAACAGGGCUGGCCCCAUGGACCAUUAUUAGAGAAAGAGCAUAGAGGUAGAAAGAGGGCUCUAGAUGGAUAUAACCUGGUUUAAUGAGUUCUCUUUCUACCUCUAUGAGAAGAGGGUAGCACUUGACUGUGUACAUAGUAGUCCCUCUGUGUUUUCUACUCUGGUUUAAAGCACAGCUCAGACUGGUGUUUUCUACUCUGGUUUAAAGCACAGCUCAGACUGGUGUUUUCUACUCUGGUUUAAAGCACAGCUCAGACUGGUGUUUUCUACUCUGGUUUAAAGCACAGCUCUGACUGGUGUUUUCACUCUGGUUUAAAGCACAGCUCAGACUGGUGUUUUCUACUCUGGUUUAAAGCACAGCUCAGACUGGUGUUUUCACUCUGGUUUAAAGCACAGCUCAGACUGGUGUUUUCUACUCUGGUUUAAAGCACAGCUCAGACUGGUGUUUUCUACUCUGGUUUAAAGCACAGCUCAGACUGGUGUUUUCUACUCUGGUUUAAAGCACAGCUCAGACUGGUGUUUUCUACUCUGGUUUAAAGCACAACUCAGACUGGUGUUUUCUACUCUGGUUUAAAGCACAGCUCUGACUGGUGUUUUCUACUCUGGUUUAAAGCACAGCUCUGACUGGUGUUUUCUACUCUGGUUUAAAGCACAGCUCAGACUGGUGUUUUCUACUCUGGUUUAAAGCACAACUCAGACUGGUGUUUUCUACUCUGGUUUAAAGCACAGCUCAGACUGGUGUUUUCUACUCUGGUUUAAAGCACAGCUCAGACUGGUGUUUUCUACUCUGGUUUAAAGCACAGCUCUGACUGGUGUUUUCUACUCUGGUUUAAAGCACAGCUCUGACUGGUGUUUUCUACUCUGGUUUAAAGCACAGCUCUGACUGGUGUUUUCUACUCUGGUUUAAAGCACAGCUCUGACUGGUGUUUUCUACUCUGGUUUAAAGCACAGCUCUGACUGGUGUUUUCUACUCUGGUUUAAAGCACAGCUCUGACUGGUGUUUUCUACUCUGGUUUAAAGCACAGCUCUGACUGGUGUUUUCUACUCUGGUUUAAAGCACAGCUCUGACUGGUGUUUUCUACUCUGGUUUAAAGCACAGCUCUGACUGGUGUUUUCUACUCUGGUUUAAAGCACAGCUCUGACUGGUGUUUUCUACUCUGGUUUAAAGCACAGCUCAGACUGGUGUUUUCUACUCUGGUUUAAAGCACAGCUCAGACUGGUGUUUUCUACUCUGGUUUAAAGCACAGCUCAGACUGGUGUUUUCUACUCUGGUUUAAAGCACAGCUCAGACUGGUGUUUUCUACUCUGGUUUAAAGCACAGCUCAGACUGGUGUUUUCUACUCUGGUUUAAAGCACAGCUCAGACUGGUGUUUUCUACUCUGGUUUAAAGCACAGCUCUGACUGGUGUUUUCUACUCUGGUUUAAAGCACAGCUCAGACUGGUGUUUUCUACUCUGGUUUAAAGCACAGCUCAGACUGGUGUUUUCUACUCUGGUUUAAAGCACAGCUCAGACUGGUGUUUUCUACUCUGGUUUAAAGCACAGCUCUGACUGCUAUGCACAUGCCUUAACUAACAACCUUGUUGUGUUUGUCACGACGAUGAUGAUGAUGAUGAUGAUGAUGAUGAUGAGAAUAAAAACAACAGUGUUUACACACCCGAA